AUGAAUGAAACACAAGACAGCGACACGAACUUCGAAGUGGCCUGCUCUUAAUGUCAAACAACUCCUGACAAUUAUGUCAAAUUGGAUUGUGAUCACAAGUUCUGUCUCGUUUGUUUGGCCUACAAUUAUUUGCAAUCUCAACAGCAGAACCCAGAGUCUCAAGACAUUGUGAAAGUGGCCAUCUGUUCCAAAUGUCAAUAUGAAACCCACCUUGAUCCAGACACAAUCGAGGCCAUUCAAUAUGUGAUCAAGGAGAUCAUCAUUCCACUCAUCGAAUAGAAUUAGGAUGAGCACAAUUUGGAGAACGAUUUUGAUCUAAAAUAAUCUGAAACUAUUCGGGAAUCUAAAGCCAACUUUGUUGCUGAUAUUGCUAAUGAUUCUUAGAUCUAAAAAUUUGAAUCCAAAGAUAAAUUUGCAAACAACUUAUAAUUUCAAAAAGUCGACCAACCCAAGGAAGUCCCUGAAGUCAAGGAUAUCAAGAAAAUCAAAGAAUCAAUGGCGAAUAAAAAUGAAAUGACUCCUGCCUUGAAUGAAAGAGUACAAUUAUAUUUGGAGAGAUUGGACAAAAGUUUUAAGAACAAAUUCGAAUCCAUCAGAGACAUUCAAGAUCAGAAAUUCCAAUUCCAAUAGAAAUGUUAAUCCACAAGGGAUGAGAUCAGCCAAGAAUUUCAAAAAUAAAUACUCGCUUUGGAAUAAAAAAAGAAUAGUCUCAUUAAUGAAGUCAAUGCCCUGGAAACUUAACAAUUGUUGGAGAUACAAAAGCAAGAGAAUGAAUAUGUAAUCGAAACUUAAAUUUAAUUGAUGGCUAAGUAUUAGGAGGAACUAAAGAACUUAAAGGGCUUUCCUGAAGAUUUGAGCAAAUUCUUAAUUGAAAUUGAAAAAAUUAUGACUGCCCCAUCUCAAUCUCUGUAAAUAAAAUCCUUACUAUUGUCAUCCCAAAGAUAGCUAAUUCGAAUCUAAUCUCUAUCCUAAUAGACAGAAGAGAGAUUAACUUCAGAUUCCAAAAUGAUGACAUUCUAACAGAAGUUCAGUCCUGUUAAGAAUGAUAGAACCAAUGAAAUUUGGAAUAAGUUGAACGAAAGUGAUAAAAAGAGUAGACUUAAAGAAAGCUCAAUCUCGCAAUAAAGAUCAAAUCAAAAGAGCAGAUGGAAAGAAACCAUCCUAGAAAUCUUUGAUAAGAAAGACUAAAGUUUUGAAAGAUAUUCUAAUAAUAAAUACAACCCAUUGAAUAGAACCUACAAUAUACAUUAAGUGUUGAAUAUGCAACAACAGAGCUUUUAAAUUUAAAAAGAAAAUUUAUUAAAAAGAUGA